GUCCUGAGUGUAACUACUUUGGGAGGAUAAAGGCAACCAGAAAAAGACAAAAGAGCGAUGUAGACAGGUAAAAAGAGGGUAUUGGUUAGUACCUAGGUAGCGAACCAUGGAUGGCAAAUACCUCAUCAAUGUCCUCCAUCCGUACCCAGCGUAUACGGCACGACGCCGAGCAGACGAUGUCUUGUCGGACGUCUUCGACUACCGCAUCCCCUGUCCAUUCCCUCACGCCAUGGUCCACAUCGGGCGCUGGCGAGGCGCAUGGCGGAUUGAUGUUGUGCCGGUGGGGCAUAGGGGAACGAAUGACACAGCAUGGCGUUCAAAAGCCCUAAACUCCCUGCCAACGGCCCGGCUUACCUCACUCUGCUCCAAAGAGCUGGGGCAACGCCUGUCACGGAAAGCGCCAGAUCUCACCUUUAUUUCGACGUCCGUCAUGGUCACGACCACGAUUUCGCGUCGACAUAGAUCCUGGCCUGACUCGAAGCGCUGUCCGCUUCGCUUCUACAGGCCUACGCGAACAUGCCUCGGCAACGACCUGAUUUGCCCAGACAACGCCCAGUCGCCGAGUCCUAGUCAUCAUCGAAUGCGUCUUCGGUGUCCUAGAGAUCGCGAUGCCGAAGAAAAUGACAAGCCUCGCGUGCACACCCCUGCAUCGCUGCGCCUCGCAGGCCUAAUUCCCGUCGCGUCAUCGAUUCCAAGCUUCUGUGCGAAGCGCGAAGGCGAUCAUCCAAUGAGCUGGGAUCAGACGGGCCGACAUGGCUUUCUUCUACCACAGACGUCUAGAAGCAUUAUGAAGAAACCUAACAGAAGCGUGUUUAGUUCAUGUUUGCUCUUGGCGCACCAUUCGAGUCGGCGCUUGCACUUUUCGUACUCCAUAGUAACGAACAAGACCCUUCUUCGCCCUAUAUAUUGCGAGUGACUACCCAUAACACAUGGCAUACCCCGGAGUAUCGUCGGUAGCGAAUUACACAACCAACGACUACCCAGGUAGCGUUACAGGGUCUAACAUAGAAGCACAAACGUCUUUGUUCUACGGACUGAAGGAAUGAGGAUUCUACUUAUCCUUUGGAUAGUGAUAUCUGUUCUUGGUAGCUGGGUGACGCUCAACUAGCUCCGGAGUGCGUCCAAGGAUGGAUUUGUCCAGCAC